UCUUUGACCUUCUGCUGUCCUCCAGCCAGAGGCUGAACCCUGCUGCUCUGAGACCAGUCCUGACAGACCCCACCCUGAGUGAGCUCUAUGUGAUCUCCACCUUCAAGCUGCAGACUAAAAGCUCAGCCACCAUCUUUGGACUCUAUUCCUCAUCGGACAAUAGCAAAUAUUUCGAAUUUACUGUAAUGGGACGCUUAAAUAAAGCCAUCCUCCGUUACUUAAAGGAUGAUGGGAAGAUCUAUUUGGUGGUUUUCAACAACCUACAGCUGGCUGACGGGAAACGACACAGGAUCCUCCUGAGGUUGACCAAUUUGCAGCGAGGGGCAGGCUCGGUAGAGCUCUAUGUGGACUGCACCCAAGUGGAUUCCAUUCAGAAUCUUCCCAGAGCCUUUUCUGGUCUCUCUCAGAAUCCUGAGUCUAUUGAACUGAGGACUUUCCAAAGAAAGGCACAGGACUUCUUGGAAGAGCUGAAGCUGGUGGUGAGGGGCUCACUGUUCCAGGUAGCCAGCCUGCAAGAUUGCUUCCUGCAGCAGAGUGAACCACUGGCCACCACAAGCACAGGAGACUUUAAUCGACAGUUCUUGGGUCAAAUGACACAACUAAACCAGCUACUUGCAGAGGUGAAAGAUCUUCUAAGACAGCAGGUCAAGGAAACAUCGUUUUUACGAAACACCAUUGCUGAAUGCCAGGCCUGUGGUCCUCUCAGCUUUCAAUCCCCCACCCCAAACGCACUGGUCCCCCCAGCACCCCCGGCACCUCCGACGCGGCCUCCACGCCGGUGUGACUCCAACCCAUGUUUCCGAGGUGUCCGAUGUACUGACACCAGAGAUGGCUUCCAGUGUGGGCCCUGCCCCGAGGGCUACACAGGAAACGGCAUCGUCUGCUCUGACGUUGAUGAGUGUAAAUACCAUCCCUGCUACCCAGGUGUACGCUGUGUGAACUUGGCUCCUGGCUUCCGGUGUGACGCCUGCCCUGUGGGCUUCACAGGACCCAUGGUGCAGGGGGUUGGAAUCAACUUCGCCAAAUCAAACAAGCAGGUGUGUGCUGAUGUGGAUGAGUGUCGCAACGGAGCAUGCGUUCUCAAUUCUAUAUGUAUUAACACGUUGGGAUCUUAUCGCUGUGGGCCUUGCAAACCUGGGUACACUGGUGAUCAGACAAGAGGAUGCAAAACAGAAAGAAACUGCAGAAAUCCAGAACUGAACCCUUGUAGUGUGAAUGCACGAUGCAUUGAAGAGCGGCAGGGGGAUGUCACAUGUGUGUGUGGAGUUGGUUGGGCUGGUGAUGGCUACGUCUGCGGAAAGGACGUGGACAUUGACAGUUACCCUGAUGAAGAACUUCCAUGCUCUGCCAGGAACUGCAAAAAGGACAACUGCAAGUAUGUACCAAACUCUGGCCAAGAAGAUGCAGAUGGAGAUGGUGUUGGAGAUGCUUGUGAUGAGGACGCUGAUGGCGAUGGGAUUCUAAAUGAACAGGAUAAUUGUGUCCUGACCCACAAUGUGGACCAAAGGAACAGCGAUAAAGACAUCUUUGGGGAUGCCUGUGACAACUGCAGGACUGUCCUAAAUAACGACCAGAGAGACACCGAUGGGGACGGCAAAGGAGAUGCCUGUGACGACGACAUGGACGGGGAUGGAAUAAAAAAUAGCUUCGAUAAUUGCCCCAAAGUCCCCAAUCGUGACCAGCGCGACAAGGAUGGUGACGGCGUUGGGGAUGCCUGUGACAGCUGCCCUGAUAUCAGCAACCCAAACCAGUCGGAUGUGGAUAAUGAUCUGGUUGGGGACUCCUGUGACACUAAUCAGGACAGUGAUGGAGAUGGCCACCAGGACAGCACAGACAACUGCCCCACCGUCAUUAACAGUGCCCAGCUGGACACGGAUAAGGAUGGAAUUGGUGAUGAGUGUGAUGAUGAUGACGACAAUGAUGGCAUCCCCGACCUGGUGCCCCCUGGCCCAGACAACUGCCGGCUCGUCCCCAACCCAUCCCAGGAGGAUAGCAACAGGGAUGGGGUAGGAGACGUCUGUGAGAGUGACUUCGACCAAGAUCACAUCAUCGAUCGGAUUGACGUCUGUCCAGAGAAUGCUGAGAUCACCCUGACAGACUUCAGGGCCUACCAGACUGUCGUCCUGGAUCCCGAAGGGGAUGCCCAGAUCGACCCCAACUGGGUGGUCCUGAACCAGGGCAUGGAGAUCGUGCAGACCAUGAAUAGCGAUCCUGGCCUGGCAGUGGGGUACACUGCUUUUAAUGGCGUUGACUUUGAAGGCACCUUCCAUGUGAAUACCCAGACAGAUGAUGACUAUGCAGGCUUUAUCUUUGGUUACCAAGAUAGCUCCAGCUUCUACGUGGUCAUGUGGAAGCAGACAGAACAGACAUACUGGCAAGCCACACCGUUCCGAGCUGUUGCAGAGCCUGGCAUUCAGCUCAAGGCUGUGAAGUCUAAGACAGGCCCCGGGGAGCACCUCCGGAACUCCCUGUGGCACACAGGGGACACCAGCGACCAAGUCCGGCUGCUGUGGAAGGACUCCAGGAACGUGGGCUGGAAGGACAAGGUGUCCUACCGCUGGUUCCUGCAGCACAGGCCCCAGGUGGGCUACAUCAGAGUGCGAUUUUAUGAAGGCUCCGAGCUGGUGGCUGAUUCUGGGGUCACCAUAGACACCACCAUGCGUGGAGGCCGACUUGGCGUCUUCUGCUUCUCUCAAGAGAACAUCAUCUGGUCCAACCUCAAGUAUCGCUGCAAUGACACCAUCCCAGAGGACUUCCAGGAGUUUCAAACCCAGAAUUUCGAUCGCUUGGAUAAUUAAGCUAAGGAAGCAAUUCACAACUGAUUUCCUAAACACUAAAACCAUAUAUUUUUAGCAUCCUUUAAUUUUCCUUAUAUAUGCUGUGGCUUUCUUUCACCUGCCCAAAUAUAUAACAACCGUUUUUCAUACAAAUGUGGAAAUAAAGGACAAGAGAUCGUUUCUAACAA